UCCCAUUUUUACAAGCAACAGAUCACCUACUUUUGUGUAAUUACAAAGCAAUUCACAAGUUAAAAAUUCAGUUAGUGUAUGUAGUGUGUACUCCAUGUUCAUCUUGAGAAACGGCAAUUGUAAUUUCAGUUGCGUUAAAUACUAGUUGAUAACAGAAACCUACGCAGAGAAAUUAUGAAACAGGAUGCGUUUGCACUAGGUGGUGGAUUACUAUUUAUAAUUUUUUUUCUCGGAACGAUGUGGAUGUGGGGUGAAUUGUUGAAUUGGAAAGCAAAUUCUGGUUAUUUCCAUUAUGAAGUUAUCUCUUCUCAACAGAGACUUUUACCUGAACCUGACAAUGCCUGCAAUGAUACAAGUUUUCCUGGUAGAAGUGGUCAGUAUUGUCAACAGAAUUGGUAUUACUGGAAAUUACCUCCAAACGAAUCAACAGCAACUACAAAAGCAGUUGUUUGGCUUUUGUAUUCUCUUCACCAAAUAUUUGUAUGGGGACUUAUUUACAGAUCUCAGUUGACAGUGAAUAGAAAUAAAGUUGAAGGAAAACAAAAGAAAUACAGUUCUAAUCUACGAUGGUUUAACUGGUCCAUGUUGGCAGUGAAUGCAUUAUUUCAUAUUCUACAUUUAAUACAAACUCACACAACAUAUGAUGGAUUAGCACAGCAGGUGGCUGUGUCGACAUCACAGUCAUCCGUAAUUAUGCUGUUGGUGUUUGUUCUUCUAAUGGAAUACAAGGAUAGAGGAAUCAUAUUGAUGUGGCCAAAUUCAACGUCCGAUGAUUUUGCAGCAAACAAACUGAGGCUUCAUCCUGGACCAACAACAUUAAUUCGCAAAUACCACGGUUAUGCUUUCGCUUGGUCAUCAAUCUAUACUUUCUGGUACCAUCCAAUGGAAAAUACAUGGGGUCAUACUUUAGGAUUUUUUCAUACUGCUAUCGUUCUGCUUCAAGGAAGUCUAGUUUUCACCGAAAUUCACUUGAACAGAUAUUGGCGGCUUCUAAACGAAACUUGGGUGCUGAUACAUUCUAUAGUGGUAGCUGUGCAGACGGGAAAUCCAGAACAGGGUUAUGGAAAUUUAUGGCCCGUGUUUGGAUUUGGGUUUGGUUUUCUAUUAGCAUUCACACAGAUAUUCAGUUUGCCAUUUUGGAGAAAAAUUCCUGCAUGGGUUCGAAUUGUGCCUCCAAUAUUGUACCUCGGUAUUGUUGCUGCUUUGUGUGGCACUGUGGUUGUGCCCAUCGAUCCUACCAAAAGCGGAUUCAGUCGUAUGUACGAAAUGUUGUUUAUCCCAGCGCAGGAGUACAUGGAAUUUCUUCUUUCUUGGCUUUUUAUAUUUAUUUUUCUUGUCAUCGAAUCGAAAGUUCCAACGAGACGCGCAGCUGCUCCGAAAGCCGACACAAACAAGUCAUAUACUAAGGUCUUUGUUAACCCGUCCCCCACUAAACAAGCUUUGUAUUUAUCAGGAGUUAUAUUGAUUUUUGCAUUAUUUGUCAUGGGGUCUUACUUUUAUGAACAAGCUCACUACGAGGUUACGAUAGUCGUGUCUUCUAUAAUUUUUUCAACAGUUUUUUGCAUUGGUGUCUGUAUUAUAGUUAUGUUUUUUAAGCAACUCAUCGGCCCCACCUACAUUCUCUACAACCCUAGGAAGCCAACGAAGUACUUAAACUAAAAGAAAAUCCUUUUCCGACAUAGCAGAAAUCAAACGAAAGAUUUGACGAAUCCCGUGAUAUAUAUGAGCAGGGCUGUCGUCAGGCGGGUGAUUUUUGGGGUCUUUUUAGACCCACAAGACUCAUAAAAACACGCGUUUUCCGGCCCCCCACUUUUCAAGAUUAUUGACUUUGUUUCAUAAAUUAUUGCUGCUUCACAAACCAACGGUUGAGAAAAAACGCGAGUUCGUG